ACCUCAUAAAAAAACCCUUCUUUCGCGAGUUUUAUGCAACUUGUCUUCAUACAUAAACCCUCAGUUUUCUCUUAACUCUUCCAUAUUUUCUUGUUCAUCAUGGCUUCCUUUCUUUGGAUCCUCUGCUUCUUCUGUUACUUCUUCGUGUUCGCUAGCAAUGGUGCGGCGGCUUAUCGCAGAGUCUUCAGAUUUCCAGAAUCUCAGGAGACUUCUUCUAUUGCUAGCAACCAAUAUAGAACUGCAUACCACUUCCAGCCUCCUAAGAACUGGAUGAAUGAUCCAAACGGACCCAUGUACUACAAUGGCAUUUACCACCUUUUCUACCAGUACAACCCCAACAGCGCAGUGUGGGGCAACAUCACUUGGGGACACUCCAUAUCGACUGACCUCAUCAACUGGACGCCACAAGAUCCUGCGAUCCACCCGAGCAAGAGCUUCGACAUCAAUGGAUGCUGGUCCGGAUCCGCAACAAUCCGUCGCGGCAGCGAGCCUGCGAUCCUUUACACUGGCAUCGACGCAGAGAACCGGCAAGUCCAGAAUGUCGCGAUCCCGAAGAACCUGUCGGAUCCAUUCUUAAGGGAGUGGUCGACGCCCGAUUACAACCCGCUAAUGGAACCGGUUGAUGGGCUCGAUCCAAGCCAGUUCAGAGACCCGAUGACUGCUUGGCAUGGCUCCGAUGGCCAUUGGAGGGUGGCUGUGGGGGCUCAGAUUGCGGGGAAUGGAACGGCCGUCUUGUACAAGAGUAGCGACUUCGUGCAUUGGGUGCGAGCUGCAUCUCCCUUGCAUACUUCGAAAGGCUCGGGCAUGUGGGAGUGCCCCGACUUCUAUCCAGUGCCAUCGAAGGGAAGGCAAGGCUUGGAUACGUCGGAGAAUUCCAAAGAUGUGAAGCGUGUGCUGAAGAUGAGCCUGAGCGAGACGCAGAGCGACCAUUAUAUGUUGGGAAAGUAUGACAUUGAGAAGGACAUCUUUGUGCCAGACGAAACAGUCGAUGAUUAUCGGGUAUGGUUAAGGUAUGAUUAUGGCAAAUUCUAUGCUUCAAAGACAUUCUUCGAUGAAGAGAAGAAGCGGAGGAUCUCGUGGGCUUGGUUGAAUGAAUCGGACACCGAGGCUGAUGCUUUGUUAAAGGGGUGGGCAGGAAUUCAGGCAGCUCCCAGGACAAUCUGGCUAGAUAGCAAUGGAAGGCAACUGGUGCAAUGGCCUGUUAAGGAGCUUGAAUCUCUUAGAAGAAAUGGAGCUCAUUUGCAGAACACGGAGCUCAAGACAGGAGGCCUCUUCGAAAUCAAAGGAGUAAAAGCUUCGCAGGCAGAUGUUGAAGUAGACUUUGAGCUACCAAGCCUAGAGAGAGCAGAGCCCUUGGAUCCUUCUUGGCUGAUGGACCCUCCAAAGCUUUGUCGCGAGGAGGAUGCUUCUGUUCAAGGUGGGCUUGGUCCCUUUGGGCUGUUGAUCUUGGCUUCUCAUAACCUCGAGGAACACACUGCCGUCUUCUUCAGGGUAUACAAAGCUCACAACGGAUACAUGGUUCUUUUGUGUUCUGACCAAAGGAGGUCCUCUUUGAGACCAGAAGUUGACAAGCCAGCGUAUGGGAGCUUUGUGGAUAUGAACAUCGAAAAGGAAGGAAGGAUUUCUCUGAGGACCUUGAUUGAUCAUUCAGUUGUAGAGAGCUUUGCUGGUGGAGGGAGAACAUGCAUCACAGCUAGAGUUUACCCUGAAGUCCUUGUGACAGGCGACAUCCAUCUAUAUGCAUUCAACAAUGGAACUGAGACAAUAAAGAUUCCGAAACUUCAGGCAUGGGACAUGGCCAAACCUUGGAUAAAUGUAUAAGGUGAAUAGAUGGUCAUGAGAAAUCAACUAGGAGGAGACUGAUGGGUCGUAUUCUUUUGAUUUCUAAUUAAAUAAUGGGUCAUAUUCUUAGCUUGUCCGAAACCUCAUCUGAUUCAUGUAACCAAAUAUCAUUAUAAAUUUAUGACGCAAUAAUUGUUAAUGCAUUUUGUUAUUAUU